CGACAAGAAAGCUAAAACAUGUUGUUAAAAUAUCAUUGCAGUUUUGAACACAGAAUAGAUGAGAAGAAGGCUUUUUCCCUCCCUUGAUCACGUGGCUGUAAUAUGAUUCCGGUGUGUUAACAGGAGCGAGGAAAAUGGCUUUGGCGAUACCAAUGCCAUGAAUACGUACUCGCCCUAUGUAAUGAACAGAUGAAGGAUUUCAGCUGUUUUCAUAGUGUUUACAAGCUCUGUUGAUUGUUCGAAGACUUCUCGAUGGUGACGAAAAUGGAUGUGAAAAAUUUAGAGAUUCGUAGUAAAUCUGUCGAACAGACGUUAAUGCCUUUAAUGUCCCAGAUCUCGGCGUUGAUAAAUCACAAAUCUGCGAAGUUUAAAAGAUCCAAUCAUGCUCUUAAGAGCGUUUGCAGCAAGUUACACGAGGCUGUAUUGCAAUUUGUGACAGUUGGAGAAGAGAUAGCUGAUGAGAACCCCGAAUACUCAUCUGACUUGCUGAAUGCAUGCGGUGAAGCGAAGGACGCGGUUACUACACUUUCUGAUGCUCCUGUGAACGAAGGAGACUCAGAUGGAGAAAAACGAGCUAGCAUAGUUCGUGCUGCAAGAUCAUUACUUGCCUCUGUCACCAGAGUUAUCAUAAUAAACGAUAUGGUCGCUGUAAAAGCGCUCAUCUCUGCAGCAAGAAAGGUGGACGAAAGGCUUUCAGCUUUAGAGAGCGUGAAUAGCUUCACGGAGUUUGUUCAAGCCUUCAGUCAUUUUGGUGCAGACAUGGUUCGUCUCGCUCGUCUUUCAGGAGAAAGGCAAAAUGACUUGAAAGAUGACAUAUCUAAAGCUGAGAUGUGUGCAGCUAGAACACUAUUAGAAAAGUCGACCAUGUUGUUGUUGACAACUUCUAAGACAUUCCUACGUCAUCCAGAGUCUACGUCAGCGAAGGAGAACAGAGAAGGUGUAUUUUUAAAAAUGAGAAGUGCCAUGGACACCAUCACAGCAGUCGCACAGAAUAAUGCAAAAAAACGCAAGCAUACGAAAGGGCAACUUGUGUUACAUAUUAAGAAAUUUGAUUAUUUGUUUGAGACGAAUAAGAUGAAUGUUGAUGAUGAUGUGUUGAAGGCAAAACUUCAAGAAGGAUUGGCGUUGAUAUUAGAAGAUGUAAGAACAAUAGCGUAUGCCCCGAAUACCAAACCCGAGAAACGUGAGGGUAUGCUUGCACUCUGUGAUAAUGCAGAGGAUAUAAUGAAUGAUUUAAAGAAUGAAGAACUUUCCGAGGAAAAACAAGAUUUAAGUUUACAAAGAAUUUAUAAGUUGACGAAGGACCUUAAAAAUGAGGUUCAUCAGGUGGCAAGUGAUCAGGUGUUCGAAACCUUCUCACAUUUGGGACAUAAGAAGUCUCUACCCGCAUUACGAGCAGCAGCGUCCACUGGCAACAGCGCCCGCGUUGAUGAGCUCGCCGAGGUGUUUUUGCGCGAUGUGAAAAAGUUACUUGAAGUUUCGAAAAUGACUCGAGCUCUAUGUUCGAGUGAAGCCAUUGCAAUCACUGCUGAAAAAGUUGAAGAGAACAUACAAACAUUUUGUCCGCACGUAAUUGAGGCAGGGCGAACUCUGGCCCAUCAUCCAGUCAGUAAAAUUGCUCAGGAGAAUUGCUCAGUCUUCAUUGACAUUUGGGAAUCUCAAGUCGAGGAGCUGGGAAAACUUUUAAGAAGUAUUAUCAGUGGUGGCGAUCUAAGACGACACGACGACAUGAAUUUGGCAUUUGAGGCUCUUCCAUCAAGAAUCGAUCAAAUGUUGAAGCAAGGUUUGAAGUCCGAGUCUCCGGUGACCUCAGAUAGCGAAGACGAAAACGAGUUGUCAUCGAAACAAAGUUUUAAGGAACAAGAAAAACUUGCCAGGAUAAUUGAUGAAAUCGAUUCAUUGACGAUGUUCUCCGACUUUAAUGCUCGUGACAUCGAUUCAGUGCACGAGAAACUGAUGAGACGAGCGAAAGAAAUGUCAAGUACGGCUAUGACGAUGGACAGUUUUGUCCAUGGUCUGGGAAAAAUUCAUUUAUCCGAGGAACUCUUCUUCGAGGCCCAGCGUUUCUCCGAGCUGGGAAGGAAAUUUCACAAACUUAGCGCUCAGUUUUUAGUUCAGCUUCCGGAUCUACUUCCAAAGAAACAUGUAAUGUCGUACAUUGAUCGUUUACCGGGCUACUGUGAGCAAUUAAAUUUCGCAAGCAAAUCAUUUGCAGUUGGCCAAUGUGCAACAUACAUUAAGGCUGGAAGUGCCAUUCAUCUUACAAGGAAUAUUUUAAAAUUGGUCGCAAGAAUUUUGAAGUUUUUGCUAAAUUCAUGUAUCGAGGUUUCCGAUGAGAGAACCUUCUUGCAUAGUCGUAGUUCGAUGUCUGAACUCUCUCAAGACUCCAUAUCCUCGUUAUCCCUAACACCUCUUGCAUCCUCAUUUAUCCCUGAGCCUCCAGGCAACGUCUCCGACUCUGAAUUUGAUUUCACCCAUGAUUAACGAUAAUUCAUGCUUGAUGCAACCCACCGUAACAUAAUUCAUUUUAAUUCACAUCUUGUAAUUUUUUACUUAGAAAAUAUUGCUCUCGCUCGCAUUUCUAAUAUAAUAUUUGUCUCGAUUUUA